AUGGAGACUCCUGAAGAAUACGAGAAGCGAAUGGAGGAAGAACCUCGCAAGCCAGCAGAAUCUCCUGUUGCAGCACCGGAGGGUGAGGAAUAUCCAGUCGUUACGGAAACGAUCACCACUACCACUCGAUACGAGAUGGAGACUCCUGAAGAAUACGAGAAGCGAAUGGAGGAAGAACCUCGCAAGCCAGCAGAAUCUCCUGUUGCAGCACCGGAGGGUGAGGAGUAUCCAGUCGUUACGGAAACGAUCACCACUACCACUCGAUACGAGAUGGAGACUCCUGAAGAAUACGAGAAGCGAAUGGAGGAAGAACCUCGCAAGCCAGCAGAAUCUCCUGUUGCAGCACCGGAGGGUGAGGAGUAUCCACUCGUUACAGAAACGAUCACCACUACCACUCGAUACGAGAUGGAGACUCCUGAAGAAUACGAGAAGCGAAUGGAGGAAGAACCUCGCAAGCCAGCAGAAUCUCCUGUUGCAGCACCGGAGGGUGAAGGAGUAUCCACUCGUUACAGAAACCGUCACGACGACCACUCGAUACGAGAUGGAGACUCCUGA